AUGGGCCCCUACCCCAAGGCCAAGGACGUGUACAUCGCCAGGUCACCCAUCCACGCCGCAGACAAGAUCAAGGCGCCCGUUGCGCUGUUCCAGGGUGACGAGGACAAGGUGGUCCCCCCAGAGCAGGCUGAGGUCAUGCACAAGGCCCUGCUCGACAGAGGGGUCCCCACCGCCCUUGUCAUGUACAAGGGGGAGCAGCACGGCUUCAGGAGUGCGGCAGCCAUACGCUCCGCGCUGGAGGGCGAGCUCUUCUUCUACGGCAAGGUUCUGGGCUUCAACGCCACGUACUCGCCUGAUCUGCAGCCGAUCACCAUCGACAACCUGCCGGCACCCACAGUGGCGGUGGCGCCUUGA